GUCACCCUUGGGAAGAUGCCCCAGAAACAUGACUUUAAUUAGGAUGCAAUCAAGAUUCCUUAGUACUUUGGCUUUCUGAGAAAGAAAAAAAAAUUUGUUUCCUUCUAAAAAAUCAAACCAACAAAAAAUAAAGUAGGGAAAUCAAGCAUCAUGAGUGCAGAUACAGAUGUAAACAAAAGUGCCUCUCCCAGUGCCUCCCCGACUGCCGAGGAACAGCCAGAUGAACCUGAUGGCCCCCCUCCUGGCUCAGCCAGUGACCAAGAAAAGAAAGUAACAUUACCUCCAGCCAAAAUGUCAACCAAGAAUUCUACAGAUCUAAUUGAAUAUGUUGACAAGAGUCAUCCUUUUCUUCCUGUCAUCCCAAACACCCAGAGAAGUCAGCUAGAAGACAGACUGAACAGCCAGGAGCGUACCAUAGCUUUCCUCCUGGAACAAGCCUUCCGCAUCAAGGAGGACAUCUCUGCCUGCCUCCAGGGAGCUCAGGGCUUUCGAAAAGAGGAAUCGCUUGCCAGGAAGUUACUGGAAAGCCACAUCCAGACCAUCACCAGCAUCGUCAAAAAACUCAGCCAAAACAUUGAGAGUUUAGAAGACCAAAUAAGAGUUCGAGAUCAGGCGGCCACAGGAACUAAUUUUGCAGUACAGGAGAUAAACAUCAAACACCUUCAAGGAGUUGGAGAUCUUCGAGGAAGAGUAGCCAGAUGUGAUUCAAGCAUUAUGAAACUUUCUGGAGAUAUUCAGUUCAUCAGGCACGAGUACCGGCAACUUGAGAAAGCAAUUCAAGAGCUUGCCCCUGCCAUAGAAACUGUUUCUAAGAACUUGGAUAUGAAGGUAAUGCAGCUCUUAGGAAAGAUAGAGACUGCCAGUUCUGAGCAAACCUCCAAUUUAAAGAUGGUCCAGGGGGAUUAUCACCAUGAAAUGAACAUUUUGGAAUUCAAAUUUAAUUCACUUUCAAGUAAUCUGUAUGAAGAAGUUGAGAAUAAUCAAAAAUGGACAGAAAACCAGUUCAUCAAACAUAGAAAAGAUCACCUGAGCCACAUAAAUGAAUGUCUGAAGGCCCUGCAGGAGAAACUGGAAAAGUCUGAAAACAAAAUGGAAGAAAAAUGGCUACAACUUUCAAGCAAAUUAGAGAAUUUCAUUAACACAGAGAAACAAGAAGCGCAACUAAGCAAAGUAAAGCAUAUAGAAAAUAAAUUAUCCAAAAAGAUGAACCAAAUGGAGAAGCACAUCUGGGGUGAAUUAGAGAAAAUGCAGAAUGAAUAUCAGUCAGGAUUUAAAUCGGUUCAUGACUCUCUCAGCUCCCUCCAACAAAUACAGAAAACAAAGAUGGAUUUAGAGAAAUAUAAAGUACAGAAAGACCUAAAGAAAUUGCAGCGUAAGAUAGUGGAACUCCAGGAAAUAUAAACCUUUCCAGACAUCUUUUUCACCAGCCAGUGGAGUGGUUUGUUGGGAAAAGUUCUAAAGAUGAAAGUAUCUCUGGGAUGUUUACUGCUUCUAAUGUCUCUGUAUUUCUUACCACCUCUUAAGGAGAUGAAUGCACCAGAAAAAUAAACAAUAAAGCAAAGAAGCUU